AUGGGGGUGGUGGGGGGGUGGAGCUGGAUGCUUGUGGUGGCGGCGGUGGCGGCUGGCCUCUUUCGCGAUAGCCUGUCCGGUCCCUUUGUGUAUGAUGAUCUACCAUGUAUCGUCAACAACCCGCAUGUCAAUCAAGGGUUGGCAACCAUGGGUUCGAAAGAGUUUUGGUUGGCCGACUAUUGGGGGCGGCCACUGGUUGAUCCCCUCAGUCACAAAUCCUGGCGGCCCCUGACUUCGGCCUCGUUUGCCCUUGAGGUCGCUCUCUUUGGGCUCGAGCCCUGGUUCAUGCACGCCCAUAACAUGGCCCUGCACGCUCUCAAUACCUUUCUACUCGCCUGGCUUGCCUGUCAGCUCGCCCAACGCCUGGGCUUUGAGCCCGUUGCAGCUCACACUUGGGCCCUGAUGGUAGCCCUCCUCUUUGCCACUCAUCCCAUGCACACCGAGGCCGUCAGCAACAUCACCAAUCGCGCCGAGCUGCUCGCUCUCACCUGCCAGCUCAUGGGCCUGGCCUAUUUAUCCGUCACGGCUUGGUCAGCCCCACCCACGCAGAAAUCAGCUGCUCCAGCCAAGCCACGUCAAUCGGCACACAGGCGCCAUGCCGUCGUGGCCACGCUCUGCGCCCUCUUGGCAGCGCUGUGCAAGGAAACCGGAAUCAUGGCUACCGCCAUCUAUGUGGCUUACGAACUUCUGCUUCAGUCCAACCACGCCUGGCAAUGGGCUCACAAGUUUAGUGCUCUCGUCUGGAUGGCGAGGCCUUCCACUGCCAGCACCAAGGAGCGUUCCCGGCCCGUGAACCGCCCUCGCCUGUCCUCGCAGCCGACUCUGCCCAAUGAUCCCGCCCUCCAGCGCCAGCACACGUUGUCCCUGACCUACCUGAAUGCCUUUCACUUGCGCCUCCUGCAUCGCACGCCCAGCUCGCCUUGGGCACGGUUGUGGGCCCUGGCCCUGGCCUGGCUUGUGUUGCCGUUUCUGCCUGCCAGUAACCUCUUUUUCUACGUCGGCUUUACCGUCGCCGAGCGCGUCACCUACACCCCGUCCAUUGGGUUCUGCAUGCUCCUGGCCACCAUGCUCUGCUGGAGCACCCAAUGGCUGCGAUCCUCCAGGCGGUUCCCGCUUCUGCUUCUCUUAACCGCUUUACUUGUGGGCGCGUACGUUCCAAUUCUCGUCGAGCGUGAUGGUGAUUGGGGCAAUGAGCUCCGGCUAUGGCAAGCGUCGACCACGCUCUGCCCUUCUUGUCAAUCAGCCUAUCUGCGAGGUCUCGAGGCAAAUCCCCACUACUUUCAUGGCCACCUGAAUCUUGGCAAGUUGUAUCGCGAGGAGCUGCGUGAUAGCCGACGAGCCCUGCAUCACAUUGAACAAGCCAUUCGCUCUGCUGGUCGGUCGAUGGUUGUCUGGCAUGCUAAAGCGUUGUGUCACGAGGAUUUGGGAGAAUUCGCGGAGGCCGUUACCGCCUAUCAAACUGCCGCGCGUGUUAGCCCACCACACGCUGAGCGCUUUCUUCAAGCAGCCCAGCGCGCCUCAGCACAACAAGCUCAGCCUACGCAUACUGUGAAAUCGACACCCAUAGCGGGUCCAGACGCUCAGCGGCACGAUAACGACUCGCUAGCCCCGAUCAAAAACCCGCGGUCUGCUACGCUGCCGGUGCAGCCCACGGAGUCAGCUCUAGAUCUCUACGAGCAGGCGGCGGCCUACGCACAGCGCCAGGAGCUCGGAUUGGCCAUGCCCCUACUGUCCCGCGUCAUGAAGGACGAGAAUGCGUCGGAGCAGCUUUCUCAAGCCCUAACCGCCUUUGAGCAGGCGGUGCAAAUCAAACACAACGAGACAUAUGUGCUCAACUAUGCCCUCACUCUCAAUCGACUCGGGCAGCUGGAUAAGGCUGUUACAGGUCGAGGCGCAGAAGCAGAGCAGGUCUUUCGCCAGGCUGUGGCCACUCCGCCGCCGGAUGCGUCGGCAGACUUGCCCGAGGACCAAAACUUGUACCGUGCCAAAGCCUAUGUGAACUUGGGGGUGCUCGCGUAUCAGCAAGGCCAAGAUGUCGUGGCAGCUCGCGAGGCUUUUCGGCAAGCCCUUUAUGCCGACCCCACACAUGCAACGGCACGGCGUAAUCUGCAGGCUCUAGAGGGUGUGUGA